AUGUUAGGCCGAAUUUCUGUUGUAAAGUUGCAGGCAUUAGCCUCUGAGUUGAAAGCGGGUUUCACAGAAGCGAUGCAGGAGCUGUCGCGAAUCCAGCAUGGCGAGUACGCCCUGGAGGAGAAGGUCAAGAGCUGCCGCUGUGCCAUGGAAGAGAAAGUGGCCGAGAUGAAGAAUUCCCUCAACACGUUCAAGGAGGAGCUCAGCGAUGCAAAGUCAAUGAUUGAAGAAAUCAGUGCCAAGCAGGAGGAAAUGCAACAGAAAAUUGAGCAGCUGCAGCAAGAGAAGCGGCGGGAAUCACGGAAAGUGAAAGCUAAAAGAGCACAGAAGGAUGAUCAUGGGUCACAGACAGUGCCUACACCUCUCCAGGGCAGCCCAUUUCGAUCCAUUAACCUCCCAGAACCUGUGCUGAUCAAUGAAGAUUUUACAAGUCUCUUACACAACGUGACUUACGAAAAAGUGUCUGACACGAGGAUCAUGCCAAUGGGAGAAGGAAGUGUGAAAGUCGUAGCAGGUCCAGGAGCAACCAUAGAGACAGACGACAGCCUCAAGCCUUCCUUGACAACAGAGGGGCAGUCGAAAGUGCAUCUGCCAGCAACAGUGUGGAAGCAGCCCAAGGACACCAAGGACUGGGGAGAUGAAUACAUUUCCAAAGAGCAACCAGAGAGAGGGAAAGACAUGGGCCAAAGCAGAUACAGCUCAGCAGACAACAUUAUAUGUGAACCUUCUUUGGCUGCCAAAAGGCAGAACAUCGCUUUGGAGCUGCUGGAGUCAGAAAGGAAAUAUGUCAUCAACCUUUCCCUAAUCCUGAAGAUCAAGGCCACAUUGCAAGGGCCAGAUGUGAAAAGGAGCACCAAAGAGAGAAGUUUCUUCCCCAACUCUUUGCGGUACCUGGUCCAGCAGCAUGUCGAUUUACUUCACGCUCUGCAGGAGCGAGUCCUGAGCUGGCCACGACAAGGGAUCCUAGGAGACAUCUUCCUGAAGUUAACAAAUGAUGAGAAUAAUUUUCUGGACUACUACGUUGCUUACCUGAGGGACCUGCCAGAAUGCAUCUCUCUGAUCCACGUGGUGAUCUUGAAGGAGGUAGAAGAAGAAAUCAAGUCUGAUCUCUACAUUCUGUUCUUCCAUAUAGUCCAGCGAAUCCCUGAAUACCUUAUUCAUCUACAGAAUGUCCUGAAGUUCACGGAGCAAGAGCAUCCCGACUAUUACCUGCUGCUGGUGUGUGUGCAGCGCCUCCGGGUUUUCAUCUCACACUAUAGCCUUCUCUUCCAAUGCAAUGAAGACCUGCUUAUACAGAAGAGGAAAAAGCUGAAGAACACGACGAUGGAUUUCUCCUCCCUCAGGUCAUCCCUGGUGAAGCUGUACAAAGGUCUCACCUCCCAGUGUACGAGCCAAGAAGUUUCUCCAACACCGAGUGCGACAUCUAUCCGGGACAGCGGGAUCCACUCUGAAGAGACAAUACAGUCGUUCCCACCAGCACCUUCCUCUGGCACAACAACCCCGCACUUGAUGCCCCAGAUGAAGAAACCCCAGCCAACCGUGAUGGAGAACAUCCAGGCUGUAAAGCCCCCUGACUGGGAAAUGGAAAGUAGAAAACAUGAGAGGCCAGAGAACAUCCUUGCAUCCUCUCAGCUCACAGAGCAGGAACUCAAGGCUCUGACAGCUCCCUUACAAUCCAUCCCUGAAAUGGAGUAUGAAGCACCACCAGCUGAUGCGGUGGGAAACACCGAGAGAGCCAUCAGGACCUCUGUGGAGCUGCUGCAGGAUGCGAGGAACUUUGCACCAAGCUACGAAGAGUUUGACUACCCUGGGGAGGUUUUCACCCUGCCAGGCCCCUAUGAAGAUGAUGCCUUCCAAAAUCUCACUCUCUUUGAGAAUUGCUCCCCAGCCUCUUCCGAGUCCAGCUUAGACAUUUGCUUCCUUAGGCCUGUUAACUUCACAUCAGAACCAGAGAGGACAGAUCAUGCCUUACAGCCAUUGCCUAAGAGCUGCACUCCUGUAAGCAGCAGUACUUACAAGCGUGAGAUGUUCCACAGCAAAGGCAAGCAGCUGAGCAGGUCUCUGAAGGAGCUGCCGAGGAGCGCUGAGGGCGUGAGCACCAGACUCUACAGCACACGGAGCAGCAGUGGGAGCCGGCUGCAGCAGAAGCAGGAGAGGAAUGUCCAGCCUCACAUGAUCUCAGCCUCAUCUCGAAGCUCCCAAAGGAGCUACUUCCCCCCACAGAGAGGAGCGGGUGAAAAACAGAGCUUUUUGGAAGAGCUCCAUGCAGAAGACAACACCAGGUUCUGCCAGAAGGAUGACAAUGAGCAAACAUCCUUCAGCGACCACAACCCGCGGCACGAGCCCAAGGGGGGUUUCCGGAGCUCCUUCCGCAAGCUCUUCAAAAAGAAAUAAGCAGCCCC